CGAACGAAAAUGACUUGUCAGGACAAUGCCGUCUGCCGAAGUCAACACGCAUUUCACUGUCGUCUUUUAUCCCAGUUGCUCCUACGAGUUUUUUCCUUUUUUGUUCGGUUCCUGAGGUAUCACCUGCGCUUUAAUGGUACAUGAAUGGAUCCUGAACCUUCCUCUGCUUCAUUCCAUUCAUCUUGGAGCCUUCACCUUUCAUUUGCGUCCCCAUCUCCGGCGAGACAUUCCUCUGCCUUCCUGUCCCAGCGGCGUCAUCCCGAAGCUCAGCUGCUCUCCAUUUCCGAGAGGGGUUCGCGUCUUGCUGCUCCGGUGGAGGGAUUUGAUCCUGCCGAUUCCACCAUAAGAUACAGAUGGCGAAUCCGUUCCGAGGUUCACUUUACGGGAGGCAAGGCGAUGUGGAAGCAGGAGGCGAAAUCUCCAGUCAUUUGGAUGGCAGUUCGUCUUUGGAUCCAAUCGGCAUCACCGGCACGGAGAAUGCUCUGGUUGAUCACCUCAAGCGCCAGUGGGCUGUGCAUCCCUUUCAAGCUGCUGGGGAACAUAUCGAUGGAACUGCGAUAUCCCUAGUCCCAAUUGGUGAUUUUGGGAUCUCUCGAGACCAACUUGUUUUGAUGACGAGGGAUCAAGAUCAUUCUGCACUUGAGGAAUACGGGGGGGUUGAGGGGCUGUCGAAUUCUUUAAAAACAAACUCAGAGAAGGGUGUUUGUGGUGAUGCUGCUGAUUUACAAGCACGGAGGGAUGCGUUUGGGUCAAACACAUAUCCCCGUAAACAAAGAAAAAGCUUUUGGACAUUCCUCUGGGAAGCUUGGCAGGAUCUCACAUUGAUUAUACUAAUCAUUGCUGCAGUGGCUUCUCUGGCGCUGGGAAUAAAGACUGAGGGUAUUAAACAAGGAUGGUACAGCGGUGUGAGCAUUUCUGUUGCAGUUAUCCUCGUGAUUGUUAUCACCGCUAUAAGCAACUAUAGACAGUCCCUUCAAUUUCAGAACUUAAAUGAAGAGAAGAGAAACAUUCACAUGGAGGUUGUCAGGGGUGGUCGUAGAGUUCAGGUGUCAAUAUAUGAUAUGGUGGUUGGUGACGUCGUACCCCUUAAUAUUGGCGAUCAGGUACCUGCUGAUGGAGUUUUGGUUUCUGGUCAUUCUCUUGCGAUCGAUGAAUCUAGCAUGACUGGAGAGAGCAAAAUCAUUCACAAAGAUUCAAGGCGUCCUUUUCUAAUGUCUGGAUGCAAAGUGGCUGAUGGUAGCGGUUCCAUGCUGGUGACAAGUGUCGGAAUUAAUACUGAAUGGGGGAUGCUUAUGGCCAGUAUUUCGGAAGACACGGGUGAAGAGACACCCUUGCAGGUACGCUUAAAUGGAGUCACCAAGUUCAUAGGGAAUGCUGGGCUGGCUGUAGCUGCAGCGGUUUUGAUUGUGCUUCUGGCAAGAUACUUUACUGGCCUUACAAAAAAUUCAGAUGGCAGUCCUCAGUUUCAGGCAGGAAAGACAAGUAUUGGUAGCGCUGUAGAUGGAGUCAUCAAAAUCUUCACGAUCGCGAUUCUAAUUGUGGUUAUAGCAGUGCCCGAAGGGUUGCCUUUAGCUGUUACACUGAUACUUGCUUACUCAAUGAGGAAAAUGAUGGUGGACAAGGCAUUGGUGCGAAGACUUUCGGCUUGUGAGACUAUGGGAUCUGCCACGACCAUAUGUAGUGACAAGACUGGCACCUUGACUUCAAACCAGAUGACAGUGGUUGAAGCUCAUAUUGGUGGGGAGAAAAUGGACUCUCCUAAUGGCAGUUCACAGCAACCCACAACAAUGGUAACUUUACUCACUGAAAGUAUUGCACAGAAUACCAAUGGCAGUGUUUUCACCCCUGAGGGUGGGGAAGAUGUUGAGAUUUCUGGCUCACCAACAGAAAAGGCCAUCCUCAGUUGGGGACUUAAGCUUGGGAUGAACUUUGAAGUGACUCGAUCGCAGUCCUCAAUAAUUAAUGUUUUUCCAUUCAAUUCUCAGAAGAAACGAGGGGGUGUCGCAUUAAAGCUGACAGAGACUGAGGUUCAUGUACACUGGAAAGGAGCUGCUGAAAUAGUCUUGUCCUCAUGUACCCAAUACAUGGAUUUAAAUGAUCAGGUGGCUGCACUGGAUGAAGAAAAGUUCACGUAUUUUACGAAAGCUAUUGAGGACAUGGCUGCUAGUAGUCUACGCUGUGUUGCCAUUGCAUAUAGGACCAUUGACUUGAAAGACAUUCCAACUGAUGAAGAACAAUUAACUAAGUGGGCACUGCCUGAGGACGAGCUUAUUUUACUGGCUAUUGUUGGCCUGAAGGAUCCAUGUCGACCUGGUGUAAAGGAUGCCGUACGAUUAUGCCAAGAGGCUGGUGUUAAAGUACGCAUGGUUACAGGCGACAAUCUUCAGACUGCUAAAGCAAUUGCUUUGGAAUGUGGCAUAUUAAGUUCUGAUACAGAUGCUAUUGAACCUAAUCUCAUUGAAGGAAGAGCCUUUCGUGCCUUAUCUGAAGUUCAAAGGGAAGAAAUUGCAGAAAGAAUAUCUGUGAUGGGACGAUCCUCACCAAAUGACAAGCUUCUGCUUGUGCAAGCUCUGAAGAAACAAGGACAUGUAGUUGCUGUUACUGGAGAUGGCACAAAUGAUGCCCCUGCUCUAAAUGAGGCACAUAUUGGCCUUGCAAUGGGUAUUCAAGGGACAGAAGUUGCUAAGGAGAGCUCUGAUAUCAUUAUUUUGGAUGAUAAUUUUGCCUCUGUUGUGAAGGUUGUCAGGUGGGGACGAUCUGUAUAUGCAAAUAUCCAGAAAUUCAUCCAGUUUCAGCUUACAAUAACUUUUGCAGCCGUUGCGAUAAAUGUCAUUGCUGCAGUUUCCUCUGGCCAUGUUCCACUCAAUGCAGUGCAGCUUCUCUGGAUCAAUCUCAUCCAGGACACUCUUGGAGCACUUGCGUUGGCCACAGAGCCCCCUACAGAUGAACUGAUGCAUAGGCCACCUGUUGGUCGGAGAGAACCUCUCAUAAACAAUAUUAUGUGGCGGAACUUGCUGAUACAGUCUUUGUAUCAAGUUUGUGUCCUCCUUGUUCUCAAUUAUCGAGGAAGGAGCCUGCUAAAUCUAGAGAAUGAUAGCAGUGAUUAUGCAGACAAAGUGAAGAACACUUUAAUCUUCAAUGCAUAUGUCCUUUGCCAAAUUUUCAAUGAAUUUAAUGCUCGGAGACCAGAUGGAUUGAAUAUUUUCAAAGGAAUCACCAGAAACUACCUCUUCUUGGCAAUAGUGGGUCUAACACUUGUCAUUCAGGUUAUUUUAAUUGAGUUUCUCGGAACAUUUACUUCAUCAGUAAAGCUUAACUGGAAGCAGUGGCUGAUAUCAAUAAUUAUUGCUUUCAUCAGCUGGCCUCUUGCCACUAUUGGGAAACUGAUACCUGUUCCAAGGACUCCCCUGAACGACUAUCUUGCCAGGAUAUUAUGCUGUUGGCAAGGUUCCUGAGGUCCAUAAAGGAUUAAAACGCGAAAGAUCAGAGAAUUCAAUCAGGGAUCGACCGCUUGACCAUAGGGAUCAACAAGAGUCAAUCAUACGUUGUUACAAUUAGCGAACGUAUAUAAAUCAAUUCAACAAAAGUAUGUAGUCGGUUCACGGGUGGUUCCGCACAAUUACGAUAUUUACGUCGAACGAUGAUAAAUCGAUUUUCUAUUGAUUUUGUACUCAUUAUAAUUGAACUAUCGCAAUUACAUGACAA